AUGACGAUGAAGACGUUAACAGUAAUUAUGAACGAAAUACUGAUAUUGAAGAUGAUGAUAUCCCCCCCGAUUUCUUUGCCUUCAUUUUCUCCUCUCAUAUCUCCGCAACAUAUUGCUUCUCAGAAUCAACCAUCUACUACUACUGUUGACUCACAAGCUAUUAGACAUAAUAUGGACGAGUGUGAUUCAUCUGAUGAUAAUGAAUAUAUUAUAGAUCAAUACAGCACAGGUCAUUUUAUUCAAGAUGCAAUGAUGCACAGACCAUGGAAAAUCUUUCCACCUGCCCAAGAAUGUGGUAUAUACAAAUCAGAGAUGAGAAUGAAGAGUAUCAAAGCCAUAUUUGAAGAGUGGCCUGAGAAAAUUAGACAAUAUGAUGAGCAGUUUAUAUUGGGAGAUAAUGAGGCAGCCACUGAACGUCCUGAAGAGGGUGAAUCUACACAGCAACAGAGGCAACAAUCUGUCCAUAAACUUGCCAGAGAGCAAGUAGAACAAAAUGUUACUUUAAUAAGAAACGUCAUGCUUAAAAGAGGUAGGUCGAGAAAUUGA